UUUCGCUAGUGCGAGACGAGGGACUGACCAUAAAGAAACUAAAAAUGGAUGUCAGUUGGAAAUAUUAUCUUGUAACGAUUCUAUAUAUUUUAUUAAGUUUCAGUAUCAAUUCAGGGAAUGCUGACUUCUGUUAUGAUGAUAAUGACUUUAUUGAGCUGACAUGCCCAGAUAGUUUCAGUUUCUCAAAAACCUAUUGCUGUGGGUCGUCUGGCUACUACUACUGUUGCAAUUCUGAUGAUUAUGACAUCUAUAAUGACGUAGCUGACUCUAUCAGCACUGCAAUCAUUGUCGUCAUUGUAAUCAGCAUCCUCAUUGUGGUUGCUAUUGUUGGUGGCAUUAUAGCAUGUUGUGUGUGUGGUUGUGUAUGCUGCGCUCAAGCGUCUCGCCCGGUGACGAGAACUGCAGUCGUAACAACACAACAAACCCAGCAUACUCAAGCAGUUAUUCAACAGCCUUACUACCCUCCGCAGGGCGGCUAUCCUCCACAACAGCAGGUAUACCCUCACCCUGGUGGCUCAUAUCCACCUGCAGCAGCUGGAGCUGCAUAUCCACCACCUCCAGGCGUAGCAUAUCCACCUCCCGCUCAAGACCAAAAGCUACCAAAUUACGUUGGUUAAAUUGCCUAAUUUUAAAGGAAAAAUACACUGCUAGCAAUUAACCAUAGUCUCUGCUGCUAGUAUAGGCCUAUCAUAAUUUUUCAACCUUGAUAUAACCCUUCAACUGUGCAAGCAACAUAAAUACUAAUAAGAUUUCAACAUCCUCCCUAGACAUCUGCAAUACUCAAUUUACCAUUUAACUCAGAAGAAAAAAAUCAUGUACAGUAUAAGGUUUGAAUUUUUUUAUACCGUAAUUUUAAUUGAGGUAGUUUUGGGAACGUAUUAAUAGCUAGCUAUGCUCCCUUCCAUUUGCAUACCGUAUCUAUUCGAAUAAGAGUCAGAAACGCCCAUGGAAUAUAUCUGCAGAGCCUUCAAUAAACAAAAUUGAGUUGUUAGGAUGGGGACGUAUAUUGGAGGAAGAAUUUAUUAUUCAAAUAGGGGAGUUUAUUUGAAUAAAUACAGUAUCAUAGAAAUGAUCAAUAAGCCUGUAUUUUAGCCUAGGAUACCGUCUUGUCAAUAGAAUUUUAUUUAAAAUGCUAUGUAUGCUGGCCCGGGGCCCCACUAAAUUUGUCAAAAAUAUUUUUUAACUGGAGAUAAAAAAAAAAAUAUAUAUACAAUUUUAUGUCUGUGAAGUGCAAUU